GUUUCUGUUGGUGGAGUUGAGUGACGUCUCGCAGCAGCCCUCUAAGAACGCGCAUCUCCACGAUUCUGUGCAGAACUGUGCAAAUCUGCGCUAUAAGAACACGACCAUAAUCCAUUUUAGACGAUGUCUGUACGCUACGCGGCCAGUGUGAAAGCACCAUAGGAUGUGUAUGUUUCAAGCAAUUACCCAUUAAGCACAUCUGAGUAUAAAAAAUCGACCAGUCCAAGAUUCAUGUGGACACUGUAGCGUUCAGCUGUCUAAGCAACAGCUCUUAUCAAAUCUGACUAUGGGAUAGCGCCUUACACCGGUUGUGGUAGUCAUACGUCUUUUUUGCCCACCAUUUCGUCCUGGCACAUUCAAUGUUUUUUUUUUUUAAACUAAAUCAGAACAAAUUGUUUGAGAGACUACAUACCGCUGGGACUCUGUAUUCACGGAUAUGUUUCCCUGUUGGACUCUUUUACUUGAUGCACACACGUGGUGUUUGCAGGCUGCACCAAUGGAUCACAAUUUGCAGUACUGGAGGAGAGAAGGGCAGUCUUUCUUUCAGAGACUUUUUCACUGGGUGGAUAUUUUGGAUCCAUCGUCACUCCUUGCAUCGGAUGGAGAAAUUAAAAAUUCCCGAUCACUGUUGGAAAGCAAGGAACAAGCUAAUAAGGAUGAACUGAAGGUUAAAGAAGCGUGGAAACUGAGUUUGUCAUCCGUCCAUCCCGAUACUGGAAGUGUGCUUCCACUUGUUUUUAGGCCUCCAGCAUUCCUCCCUUUAGCUGCUCCUUUGGUCAUAGCAACUCUCUUGCCUCACAAAGGAGUAAAACCAGCCCUGUUUUGGCAGUUCUUGUUUCAGAGCUACAGUGCUGGAUUUAACUAUGUGAACAGAAAUGCCACAUCGUGUAAAGAUGAAAGGAUUCCCCUGAAGCAGGUUCUUCUGUUUGUCGGCUCAGUCUCCUAUGCCACAUGCGCAGGGGUAGGUUCUCCCUCAGCUUCAAUGAACCGUUAUGGAUUGAACAGUCCAGCAAUGCAGUCGCUGUUUAGAAGAAUAGUACCCGUGCCUCUCUUUGCUUCUCUCAGUGCCCUCAGUGUGCUGGUUGUGAGAGGCGAAGAGUUUGAGAAUGGGAUUGAGGUGGUGGAUUCCACUGGGAAUGUGGUGGGAGUCUCCCAGACAGCAGGGAUGAAGGCAGUGAAAGAAACCGCAAUAUCCAGGGCAGCCCUGAUAGGAACUACAGCUGCAGUACCGAACGUAAUUGUCAGCUUCUUGCAGAGGACAAGUUUCAUCAAGAGAAAUCCGCUGGUUCUGGCUCCAUUCAGACACAUUACCACUGCCCUGGUGCUGGGCUUAAUGAUACCCAUUUCAUUCAGCCUGUUUCCACAAUCCGGAAAGGUGAUGAAGGAAGAUCUUGAGGCACAUAUCCAGGCAGCCACUACAGAGCCAGAUCUCUACUACCACAGGGGCUUGUGAAGGCCUUAGAUCGUAUAUUCCAGCAACCUGGGCUUUCUAUCUGUUACACAUUGCAGUGUAAUAGCACUUGUAUGUAAUGUGAAUAGGCAAGAAUAUACUGUUUACUUACAUUGCAGUCUUCGGAUAUCAUGGAACUGAGGCUAGAAGUCAUUUAUUUAAUAAAUAUGUGAAAUACUAUUUAAAGUGAUGUAAAACACAAAGUGACCUACAAAAAGUAAUAUAAAUCAAUAUUUCAUUCAGUGUAUGAAAUCUAACGUCCCAACAACAGUCAAAAUAUAUAUUGUACAUAAUCAGCAUUGUUCAGAGGCAGAGAGAGCUGCUUUAAAAAAGUCACUAAUCUUGAAUUGUCGUAACUGCUCUUCAUAUUCAGACUGCCAGGCUAAGUGAGUCUUAAGUCUGCUUUCUGCUCGCUUUUCUCUGGUUUUAGUAACAACAAUACAGUACUGUCCAUUUGCUUGCACUAUACUGUACUCAAUUUAAUUGAAUUCAAUGAAAUGAUGUCUGUCUGUUUCUGCACAGAUACACUGAUUUCCACACUAAUAAAGCGUGCAAAUACCUG